GAAUAGUGUCAUGUCUGCCUCCACGGAGACAGUCGAAGAGGCAGCGACCUAUCUAGCGAGGCUUGGGUACGAGAAUAAGCCGAUCUCGGAAUUUCAGAGUUUCUUCGCACGAUGGAAAGACCCACUAAAUGCGUCGCGCCUUCGACCCGAUGCGUUGAAGGAAUUCAACGAAGGUCCUGCGCUACGCGACGUGGUCGAGAACAAUCGCGACGACUUGGUGCAGCUCAUGCUGCCUCUUGGAUUUGAGAUUAGUAAUUCAGUCAUGUCUGCAUCCUUACGACAAACACGAGAAACGCGUCGGACGGAGAUAUUGGACAAGUUAUUCGACAACGGGUGGGACAUCAACAGACCUGUGAAUGACAAUUGCCCCCCUGCCAUCAGCCUCCUCUUGGAACACGUUGACCUCGUCAAACACUGUCUUUCCCUCGGCGCAUCCCCGAACGCAAAUAGCCCUUCUGGUCAUACAGUCAUGCAAAGAGCCGUUGCAUACGCCCCUCUCGAAGUAACCAAGCUCUUAGUUGCGCACGGAGCUACGAUAGAGGGUACAAACCUCCUGGCACAUGCCGCGUGCGCGUGCGCCCAAGCUGAGGCCACAACUGGCAGCCAAAGGCCGCACUUUGAGGAUCGUCGGGAAACAAUCCAUUACCUCCUUGACCAAGGCGCACCGAUCGAUGCAGAUUACUCUGCGACUCUAGACGCCAAUAUGCAGACUGGCGAUGGGAUUCUAUUUGGAACCAUGACCGCACUACAUUUUGCAAUUGCAGGUAACCAAGCGGAUCUAGUGCAGCUUCUACUAGAAAGAGGUGCACGAACUGACCUGAAAGGGUGGUCAGCAUGGAAGACCGAGGGGCAGCAGGUAAACAGUGUAGAGUUGGCAAGGAUGUGUGGUUUCGAGGAUAUCGCUGUCAUGAUAGAAGAUUGGGCAACUACUCGUGCCUGUCCGUAAUUCGUACAUACAUAUCUAGGUAAGUACUCUAAAAUGCUUACAGCAUAUAGCAC